AUGGCAAGCAAGGGGAUGCCGAGGUUUCGCUGGACCACUUUAAGGUUGCGAAGGAACAUGUUAAGGUUCCGCUCGUUGGAGAGGGUUCUGGUGUCCCGCGGGAACAGUUUAAGGUUGGGGCUUUCUGGUGUCUCGCGGGAACAUGCUACUGAGGUGGCUUCUGUUGUCUCGCGGGAGAAGGCUCAGGGUUCUACGGUUUUUUCGGGGCAGUAUGGGAGGGUGCAGGUUAGCGAGGGAUUGGCAUGUGGGCUAAAACAUGUGGACCCAAUUACUCAAGAUGCUGGGCUUUUCUCUUCUUUGGGCCUUUUUUCUCAGACAUUGAUCAGCCACAAGGUUUUGGAGAAGGCUAUGGGACCGGAGAGUGUCGUGGGCCCUACUGUGGACCCAGUGGGGAUUUCUGAGACCCUAACUGGGGUUCCUGCUUUGCCAACACUUAAGGGGACCAACUCUUUGUCUAGCCCGCAUUCCUUGGAGGGGUUUAAUUUUAAAGAUGGAUCAGUUGUACCGGAGUUGGGUCCUCCUCCUGGAUUCAUUUGGCACUUUUUGGGAGGGAUGUGGGUGUUGAUUCCUGUCCCUGUUUCUGUUUCCGAUGUUGUGCCUCCUUCUGAGACAGGUGGUACGGAGGGGUGCUCUGAUGACGGGAUUACUGUUACCCGUACUACAGUUAUUUCAUCGCCAGAUUCUGAGGAUCUGAUAGGGGGAGAGGGCACUGAUGACAUUGAUUCGGGUGAUUCUCUUUCUGAUUUUGAAAGGAAUCUCAGGGAACUGUUACCAGGGUUGAAGGGAGGGUACCUGGCUGAGCCACCGAAGUCGUCAAAGAAGAAAGGUGCUGUGGCCGACGGUGCUGCAGAGACGAAAUUGGAGGAGAUCUCGUCCUUGAUUUGGAAGGAAGUCGGGGGUUCACGGUUGGACCAGUUCGUUUUCUUGCCUGCUACCGGUUCUGCGGGUGGCAUUGUGAUCGGUUGGAAUAGUGAUCUUUUCUCAGGCAGGUGCUCGCAGACUGGGAUGUUCUCUAUUUCCGUGGAGUUUGUGUCGAAGAGGGAUAAUCUCAGGUGGUCCUGCACGGCGGUAUAUGGGCCUUCGGUUCGUUCUCGUAAGCAGGUCUUCUGGGAAGAAUUGGGUAAUUGUAGGAAUGCUAGCUCAUUACCUUGGGUAAUUUGUGGGGACUUCAACAAUAUUUUUUCGGUGGAGGACAAAUCCUCGGGAAAUCCUAACUUGGUUGACAUUAGUUAUGCCAACGCUUUCUUGAAUGAGCUGGGAUUGUUCGAGCCCCCGGCGGUGGGUAGGAAGUUCACUUGGACCAACGGUCAAGAGGAUCCGAUCUGGGUUAAAUUGGAUCGUUUUCUGGUUAAUCAGGAGUGGUUGGCCUGCUUCUCGAGAGGGACGCAAGUGAGUCUACCUAGACUUGGUUCCGAUCAUGUGCCGAUCCGUUUAGAAGUUGGUAGACACGUGUCCUACCCGAGACCGUUCCGGUACGAGCUGGUUUGGUCCACUGCUGAUGGGUUCCAUGAUCUUGUUAAGCAAUGGUGGGAGGAUCCGACGCUAUCUGGGUGUGGUGCCUUCAUUCUUGCCAAAAAAGUGGCGGGGUUGAGACUGUAUUUGAGGCAGUGGGCGAAAUUCUGUUUUGGGUCUAUUAAGCUGAAGAAGCUUGCCAUGAUGACUGGGAUUGACAAUCUUGAUUGUGUCUCAGAGUCGAGGAGGUUGACCUUAGCCGAGGUUAGGAAGAAGCAAGAGGUGUUUGACAAGUUAAAGCAACAUUUUGGGUCCAGACGGCCAAGGAGGAUUAGAGUGAACCUUUGGAGAUUGUUUGCUAACAAGAGGCUGGUGGAUUUAUCUUGUUUAGAGAGACCUUUCAUCUUAGAUGAGAUUAAAAGGGUGGUUUUUGAUUUAGGGGGCGAUAAAGCACCGGGCCCGGAUGGUUUCCCUAUCCAAUUCUUCAAACAGUUUUGGGACACUGGCAAGACUGAUCUCGCUGUUCUUUGUGAGGAUUUCUUCUGGCAGAGGGCUAAUUUAGAAAGAAUCAGCUGGGCAAGUAUCACCCUCAUUCCCAAAGUGGACUCCCCUGCGGGUCUUGGAGAUUAUAGGCCCAUCAGUUUGAUUAACUCCUCCUUAAAAAUCAUUUCUAAAUUGUUGGCAACGCGCCUGAGUCUUCACAUGAAUUCCUUGGUUGAUAAUGAGCAGUCGGCUUUCCUAAAAGGUCGCUGUAUUCUGGACAAUGUGGCCACUGCUGAGGAGUUGAUUUUCAGCAUGCAUAAGCGUAGAUUACCUGGGCACAUUUUGAAAGUUGAUUUUUCUAAGGCCUUUGAUCUUGUGGAUUGGGAUUUCCUCUUUGACCUGUUAAAGGCUAGAGGCUUUGGAGAUCGUUGGGUCGGUUGGAUCAAGUGCAUCUUAGUGUCUUCCAAGGCCUCCAUACUGGUUAAUGGAUCCCCCAAUGGUUAUGUUCGUUAUCAGAGGGGUUUACGUCAAGGUGACCCGCUUUCCCCCUUGCUGUUCGUGCUGGUUACGGACGUGCUGUGUACGAUGUUCUCUCAUGCGUUGCUAUCGCGUAUCUUGGUUGGUGUUCCGUUGGAGGAGCGGCACAGUAUGUGCAAUCUACAUUAUGCGGAUGAUUUGUUAGUGCUGACUACUGGUGGGUUGGAAGAUCUGAGAAUUAUUAAGCUCAUGUUAAAUGUGUUCGAGGGUAUGACUGGUCUUGCGACCAACUUCUCUAAAACCUGUCUAUACGUUUCUUCUGUUGGGGAGCUACCAGAUAUCGCCGCUGCGGAGACCUUGUCUUGCUAUAGGGGUCUUCUUCCAGUCACUUAUCUCGGCAUUCCGAUUGCGGGGCGUAGACCUAGAAAACAAGAUUGGGAGGGGCUCAUUUUGAAGAUUAGAAAGCGACUCUCCUCAUGGAAGGUGCAGCACUUGUCUAUUGGCGGUCGGCUCACCCUGGUGAAUUCGGUUCUGUCUGCGCUACCUACAUAUUGGAUGUCCUUGUUCCAUUUGCCUUGUUGGGUCAUCAUGGAGAUCAAUCGGAUCUGUAGAGAUUUUUUAUGGUCUGGGCCUGACAUCGACAACCCGCUAUGUCAGUUGGUGGGGUGGUCUAAUCUCUGUCGAUCGCGCGAUCAGGGGGGUUGGGGCAUUUUAGACCUAAAAAGCUUUAACCAGGCUCUGUUAGGUAAAUGGUGUUGGAAAUUCUUGAAGGAUGAUUCUUGGAGUGGUGCGGAUGUCGUCCGAUUUAAUUAUGGGGUUUCAAGUUGGAAUUUGUCUCCUAGAUAUUCGGGAAGAAUUUCUUACUUCUGGAAAGGGGUUAUCGACUGUCUGCCGGCGUUUAGGGGUUGUGUCUCCCAUGGCAUUAAUUCUGGGGCAGAAAAGCUUUUCUGGAAAGACUGUUGGUUGAACGAGAGCGCACCUAUGUUUUACUGGGCAGAUGCUUUCAUGCAUUCACGCUAUGCUAAUGGUACUAUCCGUGAGUUGGAGUAUCUUUUAGCGGAUCACCCUUUCGCAGCAGUUGAAGAUGUUAUCCCUAUUCGUGACAGAGUGAGAGUGGCUGGGAUAUCUGGUGGGAAUAAUAAAGGGUGGAGGCUCACACGUAGCGGUAUAUUUUCGGUCAAGUCCUUCUAUAGCUUCUUGAAUGAUGGCGGCCAUCGAUGUCCGAUUGCGAGUUUCUUCUGGCGGGGCUUAUGUCCGAAGAAAAUCAAUCUCUUCAAUUGGCUGGUGUGGCAAAAUAAGGUUCUCACCAUGGACAACCUUGAACGUAGGAGAUGCAAUCGGCUUCCUACUGCGACGUGUGUCUUGUGUCACUUGGCGAUUGAAACUGUGGAUCAUCUCUUUUUUCAGUGCUCAUUUGCUAGACAUAUUUGGGGGUAUUUUACUCGCCUGUGCCAGCUUCCGGAUACCCCGAGGGACCGGAUUGCUGUUUGGGGCGAUUGGCGUGCUGCGGUCAGACCGACAUGUCGGUUGGCCGGGGAUCUUAUUGCCAAAGCAAUUGUGUGGUUGAUUUGGCUUGCUAGGAAUGAUUGCAUUUUUAAUGCUAUUACCAUGUCUUCUGAUGCUAUUCUGUACAAAAUUGAUCACCUACUCUUAUUCUGGUUCUCUUCAGCACCCGAGGGUACUCAGGAGAAGCUUGACUUCGCGAUGUCGGCCAUUCGUCGCAGUCUAGAGUUCUUAGAUGCACGUGAGGAGGAUUUAGGUGGCGACGUGCCAGCUGAUGGGAUCCAGGAGCCAUUCACGGGUUAG